UCUCAGCUUUAGCGUUCAAGUCUUGGUUUCCUCAUCCAUGGCUUGUUUCCUAGUUUUUCUUUCGUUCUUUUUGCUUGCAGUAGAAGCAUGUCAUGCUGCUUUGCCUGCGGAAGUCUACUGGAACUCAAUCUUGCCCAACACCCCCAUGCCCAGUGCCAUCCAUGAUGUGACACGUCCUGGUGUGUUUGAAGAUGACAAGGGGGACGAUCGCAAAGGGUUGUUUAUCGAGUACCGCACAGCCGCCACUCAGAGCCAAAUCCAGGAUCCCUCCGAAGCCGUCUACUUCCUUGAGAAGGACUUGCACCCGGGUGCCAGGAUGACGUUUCACUUCAUCCGGACCAUCACCGGCGCUACCCUUCUUCCACGCCAAGCCGCCGACUCCAUCCCCUUCUCCUCCGCCAAGCUCCCGGAGAUCCUUUCCCGCCUCUCCAUCACACCUAACUCCAUCGAGGCCCAGGCCAUGAAGAAGACUCUUCAAGAGUGCGAGAAGCCGGCGAUGGAGGGAGAGACCAAAUAUUGCGCCACCUCGGUCGAGGCCAUGGUGGAUUUCAGCACGUCCAGCCUUGGGACACGGGACGUCCGAGCCCUGUCGACGGCGGUCGAUAGGGACGGUACACCGAAACAAGUUUACAGCAUAUCCAAAGUGCAGAAGCAGCCUGUCUCUAAGGCGGUGGUUUGCCACGGGGAGAAGUAUCCAUACGCUGUGUUCUACUGCCACAUGACGAGCGCAGAGGCGUACAAGGUGUCGAUGGUCGGGAAGGAUGGGACCAAGGUGGAGGGGGUGGCGACAUGCCACACCGACACGGCCGGAUACAAUCCCGAGCAUGUGGCUUUCAAGCUGCUCCACGUCAAGCCCGGGACGGUGCCUAUCUGCCACUUCCUGCUGCAGAGCGAUAUUGUUUGGACGCCCAACAAAUAGAGCGUCUCAUCGUUGGAGGUGAAGGUGCGAGUGCCCUAGAAAGCUUCUACAGAAGAGUUUUUUGGCUAGGCUAUCCUAUUACAGUUUCAGAUGUUACGGUGAUGUAUACGAAUUCCUGCUGGACGUAAAAACAAAAGUAGAAUUUAUGUUGCAGUGAACUUUUUCCUUUUUUGUGGCUUUUAUUUAUGUGAUGCUGCUCAAGUGGUUAGCAUUUACUUACGAUGCCCAAGUUUUAAUUAGAAGCUUUCCGGUCUUUCUGCAUUUGAAUGUAUUGGAUUUGAAUUUCCUGUGUUAACUAAUUAAGAAAAAGGUUAGCCACCGGCUGGGACGGGAAUUGGCUCC